AUUUAUUUAUUUAUUUAUUUAUCACAAAAUACAACUAUCAUUACAGGAGAACCUAAUGCAAUAGUGUAUUGACAAUUUUACAGAUACUUAAUCUAAACUACUCUACACACUUAAAAUUAAACAUUAAUUAUAUUAGAGCAGGUACAGUACACUACUCUUGUGAAUUCAUUCAGAGUACAAUUAAAUAUAUCAAAUUUUCCCGAUUCUGACAUCGCAUUGAGCGUGCGCAGUGCACGCGUCAGGGGCGCGCGCUGGAGGAGGUUGGUGCGCGCGCGCGGCACCGCCAGCAGCGCCGGUCGCCGCCGCCGCGCCGUGUAUGCGUCCGGGACACAUAACUGAAUAAUUUCUAAAAUCCUCGGAUUAUGUAUUUUGCCACGAAGUACUUUAAAUAAAUAAGUGGUGACAGCUACAUCCCUCCUCACCUCAAUUUUAUAAUACCCCACCAUUCCUAAUACAAAAAGAGUCGGGUACAACAGCGGAUAACCUGGAUAAACACCAUACAUUUUUGAAUACAGAAAUCUGAUAAAUUUGUUCUGUAUGCGCUCGAGCAUCAGUUUAUAUUUGAGUUCAUGUGGUGACCAAACGACGGCAUUACACUCUAGAUGGCUCUUUACAAUGGCUUCAUACAGAGCUCUAAGGGCGUUUAUGUUAUUAAAUUGGUUACCUAACCGUAAUAUCAUCCCUAAAUUUCGGUAAGCUUUUUUACAGACACUUUUGAUAUGAGUCCUGAAAUUCACAUCAGCAGUGAAGCGCACACCUAAAUCCUUGCGCACACCUAAAUUAGUAAACAUUAGCCACAGUCAUGUUAUUUAGAGAUCAAAGGAACUAAUAUAUUCCCCGAUAUUAUGUUCGGAAGAAUUCGUAGGCUAAAUUUUUAUUCGGUAUCCUUGAAUUCUCCAUAAAACUAUUGUUUUUAGAGGGCAUAUCAUAUUAGCAAAUAAUCGCAAAUGAAAGUGAAGCGCGGUUAUUACGAUGUUUUCGUGAAUACUUGUGCUAGGUUUCCGUCCAACGUCGCCGUCAGGCACUACGUCGAUGGCGUCUACAAGAACUACAUGUACUCGGAGCUGUAUGGGGUGUGUGAGUACAUAUCACAGAAACUACAGCUGAUGCUCUGUAAUAAAGGAGUCAUUGGAUUGGUGUCAGAGAGGAACAUCAUCAUACCAUGUGUCAUAGCCGCAGCCCACAAAAGCUGUACCACGUUCAUGUUUGUGGAUCCGGCGCAAGACAUCGAGGCAAUAGCUAAAGACGUUGAAUUUACAACAAUAAUUAUCAUCAGAAAUAAUGAAAGUGAAGCUAAGACUGAACUAUUUGGUAAAGAACCGGAUGAAACAGUGUCUGUGUUUGACUUGGUCAUAAGUUUUUUUAGCUGUGAUACAAUAGCCGAACCACACAUCAAACAUACAGCUCACUCAUACAUAGCUAUGACUUCAGGCAGCACAGGGGAACCUAAGCAUAUACAGGUCCCCAUCCACUGCCUACAGCCCAACAUAACUGAUCUCACCAAAAUGUUCAACAUUACAACAGAAGAUGUUAUAUUCUUCUCAACACCGCUUACAUUCGACCCUUCAAUGGUAGAAAUAUUACUGGCAUGCAUGAAUGGAGCAUCUCUCCUUAUUGCGCCUGAUAGAGCAGAUGUGUUAUUCCCACAAAACAGAGCUAACUCGGUCACAGUCUGGCAAACAACACCAUCUAAGUUUUUACAGUAUUCCAAUGCUGAUAUCAAAAACAAAAUUUUCUGUCCAAACUCAACACUAAAGAUACUGGCACUUGGUGGAGAACCCUUCAAUAGCAUUAAGAGAAUACGGGAACUAAAACAUUUUGAUAACAAAACAAAGAUAUUCACAUUGUAUGGAGUAACUGAAAUGUCUUGCUGGGCCUGUGUGGCUGAACUGGACCUAAAAAAAAUUCAAACUGACAGGGAAGUGCCACUGGGUAGCUGUCUCUCUGAAACAGAACUCAUUGUUGAACAUGCUAAAGAAAAUAAAAAUACAGGAAAAAUUAUAUUAGUAAGCAAAACUAGAAAAUGUGUUAUUCUAAACAAGGCGAAAGGUCCAGAAGAGCUAAAUUCACUCAAAUUUUUGGACACUGGAGACAUCGGAGAGAUCAGAAAUGGUACUAUCUACUACAGAGGCCGCAAAGAUGAUGUCAUCAAGAGAUUUGGUCACAAAGUUAAUUUACAAAUGAUAGAAAACACCAUCAUGCAAUGUCCAAGAGUAAAGACUUGCUCAUGUGUGUGGCUACCAAAACCAAUGCUCCUGGCUGUAUACUUCUCCUCAGAAACUCUCAGCAGCCAAGAGUUAUCUGACUUCCUAAAAUGUAAACUUGAUGAUAAACAUUGGCCAGAUAAAAUUAUGAGGGUAGAUAACUUACCCACUAAUCCUCAUGGGAAAGUAUCAAAACAAAUAUUGAGUAAAAUGUUUGAAAAAUUAAUUGGAGUGCCACAUUCUGUAGAUUCUUUAAAAUUUAUGUUUCUAAAGGAGUUGAAGGCUGCGAUGAGUAGAAGCUUUACUUAUGAUCAAAUAAAAGAUAAAGACUUCUUUGCGUUGGGUGGAACGUCGUUCUUAGCUGUUUCAAUAUGUAACAAGCUGUCUCAGACAUGUCCACAAUUUUCGAAAGUAAUCCUGCCGUACUUGAUGACACAGAAGAAUACAAUAGAAGAGAUAUUGCAGAUAGCAAAAAAACAGAUGUCUGCGAAUGAAGCAAAACCUAAGAAGCGCGUUAAGAGGUCACGGUCAGACAGCGAGGCUAUGGGCCAGGCAGACUAUUUGUUACAAAAGAAAGCUAGUAUAUCGUCUAAUAGCUUCCCUGUGGAGUUUAAUGUGAUGUGGUCCCAUGAUACUGGGAAGUGUGUUGAUGCUUCUCCAACAUUGUUCCAGUCAGGCUUCAACUUAUAUGUAGCAGUGGGCAGCCAUUCUGGGAAGGUAGUUAUAUGCGAUGCCAUAACAGGCACUCUUAACGCUGAACUGGUCAUGAACACGAGGAUAGAAGCCGCUGUUCUCUGUUACUAUGACAACGAAGUCAUGCCUCCCUGUGGGAUAGUCGGCGGGUAUGAUGGAACCGUCAUCUGCUUUUGUCUAGACACCUUUAAAGAAAUUUGGAGAAUCAAUAUCAGGGCUAUGAUCAAGAGUAAAGCGGUAUGCUGUAAGGGAAAGCUGUAUAUCGCGGCUUAUGAUGGAAAAGUGAGGUGUAUAGAUAUACUGACUGGCGUAGUGAAAGACACAAUAAUUAUAACUGACCAGGCCAUUUCUGCUGACCUGGUACUGGCCAAGAGGGAGUUCGUACUGCUGGGUACGUUAUCCGGCGAGUGUGCAUGUGUCCACACCAUGACCAACAUGCUGUCGUGGCGCGGCACUUUGGGCAGUCCCGUGUUCGCUAGUCCUGUGCUGUAUGACAACGAUAAAUAUGUCGUUUUCGCUGAAGUCGCCGGCGAUAUACAUUGUAGGACUGUGGAGAAGGGCAUCAAGAUCUGGAAAUAUCAGGGUGCAAAAGGCAAUGUAUUUUCUUCAAUCUAUGUAAAGCAAAUAGACAAGCUGAAAUGGCAAAUGGUAUUUGGUUGCCACGACAAAGGCGUGUACAGUCUAAUGAUCAAGAAUUUCCAGCCAAGUUUGCUCUGGAAGACCCAACUUACCUCCCCAGUCUACUCCACCCCCUGUGGUUUGGAUCUCAGGUUCAUAUUAGCUGCAUCAAGUAACGGAAAACUAUGUGUUCUUGAUUCAGAUAAUGGAAUUGUGUUAGAAGAACACAGUUUACCAAAUGAAACAUUUUCUUCACCAGCUGUGUAUGGUGACUACAUAUUCAUAGGUUGUAGGAAUGACCAUCUGUAUUCAAUUAGAUAUAUUUUGAACUAUUGACUCAUCUAGUCCAACAAUCAAUUGGAGUUGAAUUUAAUUAAAAAUUUAAGUAUAAAUUGUUUAAUAAACAUAAGGACAUAUAGCUUUGUUGUUGUUAUUUGUUGAUAUGAACAUGUUUGUUAUAAAUAAAACACCUCUCAUAAUUAUAACUUUUAUUCAUGAUCUUACACAACAUAUAGGUAUAAUGAGCAUUCAUAAAUUUUGACUCGUUACAAGUAUGAUAUGGUUACAGAAUGAAACAAUGACCAAAUUGGAAUGCAUAACAUCUGGUACAAAUAACCUACCACUUGUGCAGAUCAUAUAAUAGCUUUGUAUACUUAAAAAGCAGCUUUAAAUAAAGUAUAAAUUCCUUUAAAUAAUAUUUUAUUUUUGGCAAUCAAAUGCAUAAAAUCCGUUUUGGAACCACUGGGAGCGUUGUACAUACAUUAAUACUUGAUCUACUGCCGAUACAUCUAAGCUCUUAAAAUUGUUAACCCAAAAUCCCUAGAGUAUUGUUAUUGUUGCCAGAACAGUUCUUAAACAAAUAUAAAAUUAACAAGCAAUGUACAUAAACAUGAUAUUAUAACAUAGUUCACUGUUCCUCCUCCCCGAGCUCCACUUUCACCUUGGAGAAGUCAAAGUCUUCACCUGUGCCAUACUUGUAAAUUUUAAUCACAUCUAAGCAGGUAGUCUCAAAGUGUGUGGUAGCAUCAUAAGACUCAGAUAUAAAGAUUUGGCUUUGAGUGCCAUCAUCAAGGGGCUCAUAGUAGUCUGUGACAGACACAAACUUCUGUCUGAUGGGGCCAAGCAGGUCUAGGCCUGGCUUGAUCUCAGUCUCAGGGUCAUUGGUCUCAACAGUAGUAGACACCAUGGCAAUGAACCAUCCUUUAGCAGCAACUUGGUGUGUGUACGACACAACUGAUAUGUAGAUAUCAGAAUGCCUUCCUACUUGCUUCUGGGGAAUGAUGAUUUGGGUGGACAAAGCAUCCUUUGUGUUGGGAAUAGGAUGAUCCAAUAAACAAAUGCAACGGAUCACCUGGGCCUUCUUGCGGACACGGUCAGGGACAUAGCUGGGGUCACAGUACACUUGCUUGCACUUGGCAAUCUCAUUGCCUGAUCGGACACCCACCACCUUUCCACCUUCUCCAAGAACUAUUUCAUCUAUAGGUUUGUCCAGCAUGUAGGUGCCUCCGUAGAUAGCAGAGAGACGAGCAAAGCCUUGGGGCAGCUCACCUAAUCCAUACAUGGGGUACAAGUAGGGAGAUUUGCCAUAUCUCGCCAGCGAGUCGGAGUACAGUUUAAUACGACGAAUGGUUUGUAUAGCUGGUUGCUGGAGGUAGUUAUCAUUGAGGUAGAGGGCCAGAGCGUGCCCAGUGAAGUCUUGGGUGUUCUUGUCGAGGCCGAACUUAUCAUAAAGCGACUGCAUGUUGGCCGUACUGGGGUCAAAGUCUUUCCAGGUCUUAGCAUCAUCUUCCUGGAAAUCUUGAACGUAAAUAAGGAAAUUUCGGAAGCGCCUCUUCUCGAACAUCCCCAUGAGAUCCGACGCCAGCGCCUCCUUUUGAUCGACGGGCACUUUUGAAAUCUUUCCGCCUUUGUAGACAUAGCUGCCCUCCACAGACUUGAAUUCCAAAUACCGAGUCACACCCGUGUGGAUGAGAAGCUUUACAAGAAGCCCAUUGGCCAUAAGCAGCUUGGGAAUCAAAUCGACAUUCCAGUCGCGACCUCGGCCGUAUGUUUCGUCGGGAGCCGGUGCGUUGAACUUUGCGAACAAUUCUUCUAACGGGGUAAUUGACGCAGAUUCACCACCGUAGUACUUAUUACGAUCAAUGUGCAAUACCUUCUUUCCGGACACGGAGAGCAUUCCACUGAGGAUGCACUCCUUCAAACCCGUUCCCAGAACUAUCGCGUCGUAUUCUUCAUCCAUGUUGAAAGAUAAAAGGGUUGAUUUUUCUAAUAGGAAAAUGCAAACCGGGAGGUAAACGUCAAAA